CUUGGGCUGAUUUUGGGGCAGUGCAGGUCCCACAGAGGGAGCAGAACGGGGUCUCCAUCCUAGCACCGGUUCCCGUCCCAGCACCAGCUCCUUAUCCACGGGUGGAAACCCCUCAAAAUGCUUUGGAGGAACAUUUCCCUUCUCCUUCCCCCCACAGCCCCACCCCAGGGAGCUGCCGUGGCCGUGGGGUGCCCAAAGCCCGGCAGCUGCAGGGAGGUGCAGGAAAGGGAUGUGUUUGCACCAUCCUCAUUUGAAAAGGCAAAGACUAAUUAGCAGUGAUGAACAGCUCGGGAAUCCUCAACUUUCCCUUCCAAAGGCUGGGAAGGAGCAGCUUUCCGAGGGAGACAGCUCCCUGGUGCUGUGCAGGCACUAAUGGGCUCGUCCCCUGGGAGUUUUGUUUUACCCAGGACGGGUCUCGUUAAAGCCUCAGCGAGUGCAAACAGAAAAUGCUGAUGAACAAAUAAAGACAUGGGGGGAGUGAGGGGGGGCAGGCGAGGCUUUUCCUGCUGCCACCAUCUCCCAGGCCCUUAUUUUCCAUGCUGUCCUUAUUUUCCGUGGUUUUGGCAUGGAUUUGGGUGCUAAAGGGGGUGUUCUGCUCAGCGAGCCCCAUUCACGUGAUGAACAGGCUUUAGCACCAUGCUAAUCAAUUUUUUGUUUGUCCCAGCGAGCCUGCUUUUAUCUAAUUAAAUUUUAUCUCAUUAAAGCCCUCGCCCAGGAAAUUAAAGUCCUCAUCUGUGAGGCACAGGUACCGAGGGUGGCUGGGGACAGCUGAGUCACGUCCUGCUGUCACCGGGAUCUUGUGUCCCCAUCCCUGGAGAUGCUGCCAGGCCCCUUCUCUCCCCAGCUUUGUGGGCAGAUCAAGCUUUAAAAAAUCCAUCAAAUACUUCUUGAUGGAGCAGGAAAACGUUGGGCACAGCACAGUUGAUGCCGAUGGCAAAUGCAGCUGUUUUUUCAAAACAAAUGAAAAUUCCCUGCAUUCCCCCACGCUGCAGUAUUUUUUUAAACGAGUGGCUUUUAUACAAAUUUAUUCUCUAUUUCCCCUUUUGAGAUGCAGUUUAAUGUACCAGCCUCCCUCCUUGUCCUAAUCACAUAUUCAUGGAUUAGAAAGAAACUUCCUAAAACAAAAGCAGCUGCAGCAAGUGCCAGAUAAGCUGAAAACAGCAAGUGGAUUGUUCCAGACAUGGUUUAUAACCCGAAAAUCCUAUCAGAAAACCCAGCCUGAAGGGUCACUGGGCUUUGGAGAUAAACGUGAGGGUGAGCAGCAGCACAGACACGCCAAACACUUUAAGUGAAAUAGUUUAUUUUGUGGAAAAGAUCCCCCAAUUGGAUCAUCAUAAUCUGCAAACUGGCAGCGGAUUCAGCAUUAAAAUAUGAAGAUGAAAGUCAGAACGAGGCCAGACCUUUCAUUUAGAAAUUUUUGCAGCUAAGCAAAUCUAUUUUGACUUUUGAGUUAUUUUAGAAUCAAUUUUAAAAGCUCAACUCUUAAGAGCACUUCAAAAUUGUUAUUUCAAGUAGAACAAAGUGGUAGGGUUUUUUGUUUUUUUCUCUAUGUUUUGGGAGCAACUGGGCUGGAUUUGCACAGAAAAUUGGGUCAAAAAGGCUCUGUUUUGUACAUAUUCCAGCUGUACCUCAAUGUGUGGAAUGCAGAGGGAGGAGAUGCCCAAUUUCCAAGCCUUGGCAGGGCCAGCCUGUGCUGCUCUGGAGAAAUUGAGGAAAGGUGACCCCAGCUCCUGCAACAUCCCAACCUGGUAAGAAAGGAAUGUCCCCAGCUGUGUCCCUGCCCUCCAGGGCCACACAGCUGGAUCAGAAAUGGGUUUUGCCCCUUGGCUAGAAAAAAUACCUGUCACCAACUCUGUGAGAAGCACUUUCCUCGUUUAAAAAAACCUGUUCUUAGGCUAAAAAUGUGUUAUCUGUGUUCCUUCUUACACAUUUCCUUUAGUGGAGCCGCUGCCCUGGCUGAUUCACACUGUGCCCCAGCAGUGUUUUGUAAAAAAACUCUUUUUUCCUGCCUUUAUCAAACACUUCUCCCACCUGUUAAUCUGUUUAUCCACCACCGAGCACUUGAAAGAGCUGCAGCAGCAAACUCUCACCUAAAAAAAAAAUCAACAAACGAGCAAGUUUCAGUUAAAUAAACCCCAAAAUAUUUACCUGGGGUGCAGCAGCUGUGAGGAGAGCAGGACCAACAUCUGAUGAUGGAGCUGGUGGGAGCAGCCCCAGGGAUGAAGGGGAAUUUGGGAAUUGACCCCAACUUGUGAUGCAGCUCCAGGGGUAGGUGAUGCUUUUUGAAAUCUUCUUUUUGCUUUUAGGAAAUCCAGGAGGAUUCUUUGGAUGUUGUAUCCCUGGGACGGGAUUGCUGUGGGCUGGUGGAGAUGUUGAAAGGCGAGCAGGCACCGACCCCAUGAGUCAGGCACCUUGAAAAAAAGAGAAUUUCUUAUUCCUUUCUGCCAGGGCACCUCCAGAGUUACAAACCCCACAGUUCCUAUAAACCAGCAGCCAGCACUCCCCAAACCUCCUGGGAACUCUCAGGAUGGGAUCUGCCAGGCUGCUGCUUGCACCCCAAAACUUGCAGAGCAUUUUCCAGAGUGUGGGCAGGUGGAGGCCCAGCCACCCGCAGCAGCCAUGCAGCCAGGUGGUGUAAAAUGCUUCAUCCCUGUGGAAAGUGUUUGCUUGGAAGCACCCAGAGCUCGUUUUGGGUGGCAGCUGAGUUGAGCUGGGCAGCUGAGUAGAGCUCCCCCAGCACCGCUUGGCUCCAAGGAAGCUCUGCUGAAUUUUGGGACAAAGCUGCUGGAAGACAGACAAUUGAUGGAGGGGUGCAGCAGCAAAACAGCUGCAGAACAGCAGAGAAACACCCCAAUAUAUUUAAAUGAGGCUGCUGACAGAGGGGAGGUGUCAUGGAACUCCUGUGGGCUCCUUGGUGCCUCCGACCUGGGGGUAGAGCGUGACCGCAUCCGGCACGGCCGCGCUGCCAGACCCCGCUCUGCGCCCAAAUCCUGCUGGAACGGCCCCAAAUCCUGCAGAAAACACCCCAAAGCCUGCUGCCUGCAGGGCCCCAGCUGCCCUGAGCCGUGGGGAAGGGAAGGUUGGACAGCUCUGAGCCCAGCAGGUCCUGCUGCCUGUCUGUGUCCCCCCAGCCCUGGAGACGCCCCGGCAGGAGGAUGAGCCUGUGUGCGUGCUGGAUUCCUGCUGUCACCUCACUUGUCACCUUGAUACUCUACCCUCUCCUCCUGCUGGCCCUUUACACCAUGCUCAGCAGGAAAAUUGCCCAGCAUUCCUGCAGGAUGCAGGGGAGCAGCAGCCCUGGGGAGCAUCCCAGCCCUCACCCCACCCCAGCUCCAGCCUCAGCGCCAGGAGGGGACACGGCACAAAACCAGCCUGGGGCACAAAAACAACCCGGGACACAAAAACAACCCAGGGCACAACAACCAUCACCAUCAGCAGCCUAUGAAGGGAGCAGUGACACAUCUUCAGACACCUCGGAGGACUCAGACAACCCUUCCUGCCCUCAGGGCCCUGGCUCGGGGGAAACCAUCAAUUACACAUCCCUGGUGUUCCCAGAGAAACGCCACGAGCCAGGCUCUGCCCAGGACUACGAGAACGUGAAGGCUGGCAUGGAUUAUGUCAACGUGGACCCAAAGAAGAGGAAAACACACUUCUGGCCCUUCUCCAGCCCCAGGGCAUCCAAGGGUGUGGAGUACACCGAGGUGAAGCUGUGACACCGAGGUGAAGCUGCCACACCAGGGUGAAGCUGUGACACUGAUGUGGAGCUGUGACACUGAGAUGAAGCUGUGACACUGAUGUGGAGCUGUGACACUGAUGUGGAGCUGUCACACCAGGGUGAAGCUGCCACGCCAGGGUGCUGCUGCUCAGAGGUGCCCAGAGCCCCCAGCAGCUGCACAGCUGGCACUGUCCCCUUCCCCUGGGGCGCUGCCUGGCACGGGCUGCAGCACUUGUACCACCCCGACCCGCAGGCACAGCUUCCUUGGCUGUUCCUUAAAGGCUCCACUGUUCCUGAGGGCUGCGGGGUGGGGCAGGGGAAGGUUCCUCCCAGCCAGGCUGGGAUCAGCUCUCCACUUCUGUGUCAUGGCCCUUUUCCCCUCGUUUCAUGAAAGCAAAACAAACCUCCCCUCUCACUUUUCAAAAUGGGCAGUUCAGAGAGGGAGAUGCAGUGAUCCUCAAACCUUGGCAGCUCCUCUCAGUGUUGUUGUUUUGCUCAUCAGCCUCAUAAAAUCCUUUUAAAUACAAUUUUUCCACUGGCUUUUUCCUCUCCCUGUCUCCCACCUUUUGCUUUCCCUGCUUUGUCCCCGCUCCGGGUGCUGGGGUUGGUCUCUCCUCACCCUGCUCCUCACUCUGCAUUUUGUUACUUCUGAAUUUUCCAGAAAUAAACUUGCAAAGUGCCUGGGAAUGAGAGCAGUGCCCCAGUGGGAGCUCUGGGAGGGGGGUGGAGCUGCUGCCUCCCCUUCCUCAGGGCUGGAGCUGCCCCAAGUGCGUUUGAAACGGGCUCAGUAAUGCUGUGAUUUAAUGAAAGGUUGUGAGAUAAUUGAUUUGGGAUUGAUCAGUGGCAGGGGGAGCCAGGCACUCCUGCUUUCAUGACCUUGUGGUGCAGAUCUGGCCCAGCUCCAAGGGCACGUGAAGAAAAAUGUUCCAAAAACCCCAACAAUUCCUGGGUAACGUUGAAAAACCCGGGAGAGGUGUGAUUGUGGGACUGGAGGUGAGGCCAAAACCAGUGAGUGGAAGCUGCUGAGAAAUCUGAUUCAAAUGCCUGGCGAUUAAAAAGUGAAAAUAUUGAAG